AUGAUAAUAAGAGAUUUCUGUGGUUGUGUCUACCAAGUGCAAUUACAGUCAACAUGGCUUCCAUGCUGCUUCUUGAAAGGCUAUAUUGGAAAGCUUUCAACAAUUUUGCACCAGAAAAAGGUAAUUUUAAGAUCUGACUUUUACCUGCGUUACUACGUGGGUCACAAAGGCAAGUUCGGUCAUGAGUUCCUGGAGUUUGAAUUCCGACCUGAUGGAAAACUGCGAUAUGCCAACAACAGCAAUUACAAAAAUGAUGUCAUGAUCAGAAAGGAGGCUUAUGUACAUAAGAGUGUGAUGGAGGAAUUGAAGAGAAUCAUUGACGACAGUGAGAUCACCAAGGAAGACGAUGCUCUGUGGCCCCCUCCUGACCGAGUGGGCCGGCAGGAGCUUGAAAUCGUCAUCGGUGAUGAACACAUUUCUUUUACAACAUCAAAAAUUGGUUCCCUUAUUGAUGUCAACCAGUCUAAGGAUCCAGAAGGCUUACGAGUAUUUUAUUAUCUUGUCCAGGAUCUGAAGUGUUUAGUCUUCAGCCUUAUUGGAUUACAUUUCAAGAUUAAACCAAUCUAGACUGGAUAUUGUGGACAUGAGGGGGUGGGAAUUUUUAGUUACCGUAAUUAGGAAUUUUUUUCUGUAUAUUGGGGCAAUUUUUAUAAACAAUAAAUGAUGGUCUUUAAA